AUGAGCAGCCUGCGAGCCGCCCCAGCCGCCCGUGCAGCCUCCCGUGCAUCGCCCGUGAGCCGCCCCAACCGCCCGUGCAGCCGCCCGCGAGCCGUCCCAGCCGCCCGUGCGGCCGCCCGUGAGUCGCCCGCGAGACGCCCGCGCCGCCCGAGCCGCCCGCGCCGCCCGCGAGACGCCUGCGCCGCCCGAGCCGCCCGAGCCGCCCGCGAGACGCCCGCGCCGCCCGAGCCGCCCGAGCCGCCCGAGCCACCCGAGCCGCCCGAGCCGCCCGAGCUGCCCGAGCCGCCCGAGCCGCCCGGGGAGCCGAUCUUCUGCUCCUGUGGGGCUCCUCCUGCUCCUGGGCCGGCGCAGCUGCUUGUCCUGACUUUUGACGCUGAGGGUCGCGCCCUUGACUUUGCAGUCUGGAUUGAGGACCUGCAGCUGUACUUACUAUGCGAUGCGAUCGAUGAGGUUUCUCUCUUUGACUUUGUCUCUGGCGCUGUCCCUGCCCCUCCUGCUGAUGCUGACCCCACUGUUCGCUCCAAGUGGGCCACACGCGAUGCUGCUGCACGUCUUGCUGUGCGUCGCCACCUCCCUUCCUCCGAGCGUGCACACUUUAGUCAGUGCAAGACCGCUCAGGCCUUGUACGACGCUGCAGUUGCACGCUACUCCUCCCCUUCCACUGCUACACUGAGCCGCCUCAUGCUACCGUACCUCUUCCCAGACCUUGCUGCCUUUCCCACAGUCACUGACCUCUUUACCCACCUUCGCGCUAGUGACACUCGCUACCGAGCUGCGCUUCCUGCUGCCUUCCUUGCCGAAAACCCCCCUCCCAUGUACAUCACCCUCUACUUUCUAGUCACCCGUCUCCCUGAGACCCUUCGUGCUGUUAGGGACCAGUUUCUCUCUGUCUGUCCCACCACCCUCACUGUCGACCUCCUUGAGAAGUCCCUGCUAGCGGCCGAGAAGAGCAUAGUCGCUGUAGGGGCCUCUCGUGGUGACCCGCGCACCCCCAUCUUUGAGGGGUGUUCUCCUUCCCCCCUGUUACCCUCUGUCGCCUCUGCUGCUGCGGCCGACCUCGUUGGUUUAGAGUCGGUCGGUGCGGCGUCUGCCCCCAGCGGUAGGCGCCGCUCUGGCAGGAGCAAGGGGGGCAAGGGAGCGGGUGGAGCUAGCGGGGGCGGUGGCGGAGGAGGUGGGGGCGGCGGGGGGAGUGGGGGUGGCGGUGGGGGUGGAGGCGGGGGUGGAGGUACUGGUGGCGGCGGUGGAGGCGGAGGUGGCGGCGGAGGUGGUGGCGGAGGAGGCGGUGGGAGCGGCGGGGCGAGGGUGGCGGUGGCGGCGGUGGCGGCGGAGGCGGGGGUGGCGGUGGUGGAGGUGGUCGGAGUGGCUCGUCCCAAAGGAGCGGCACUGGGGGUGGUCAGCGCCAGCAGCAGCAGCAGCAGCGCUCUCGCGACGUCCCCGCCCCUCAGCAGCUCCUGUGGGGGCACCCACAUCGCUCGCCGCUGCUUUGCCCGCCUGACCGACGCUUGGCGCCAGCAGUUUCCGGAGGCCUCUGAGAUCCCCCGCUGGGGAGAGCUGUCUAGGGCUGGUGUAGCUGUGUUUGAUCUUGACUUUGAUGCUAUCCUUGCUACGAUGUAUGCUGUGACUGUUAGUGAUGAUGGUGACUGUUACCGGUGCUUUCCGCCCGACCCGGGCAUUGGUACUGCUGUGUCAGGUGCCAGUGAGGCUGCUGCUCUAGGUGCCAGUGCGUCUGUGCUCUCAGGUGCUAGUGAGUCUGCCCUCCCAGGUACUGUGUCGGCUUCUGCCUCCCACACCUUCACCCUUGACUCUGGGGCGUCUCGCUCCUUCUUUCGGGACCGCACCACUCUCACGCCGCUUAGUCGGCCGGUUGCGGUGUCCCUGGCUGACCCCUCUGGGGGUCCUGUCCUGUCUCGUUUCUCCACAGUCCUCCCGUGUCCGGCGGCUCCCUCUGGCACCCUGUCUGGUCUUUACCUCCCCUCGUUCUCUACAAACCUGGUUAGUGGUGCUGACCUACAGGAUGUGGGGGUCCACCAGUUCACUCCUGCUCGUCAGCGGGUAACACACUGCACAGAGGCUAGCACAGGUCGCCACCUGGCUACGUUUAGACGUCAGCCAGGGUCGAGCCUGUACACACUGACCACUGCUUCUCCUCCCGGUGCUGAGUCUGGUAGAGUCCCUUUGUUUGGUCAGGUGUUUGCUGCAGCGUCCAGGACUGGUCCUGAGUCUGCCCCCUGUUCGUGUCGCCGUCUGUCUCACGAGACUCUCCUCUGGCACCACCGCCUUGGCCACCCCUCUCUGCUUCGGCUCAGAGGCAUGGCCUCCCGUCUUCUUGUGUCUGGUCUCCCCCGGUCCCUCCCUCCCCUUCCUCAGGGCCCUGGCCCUGCCUGUGUCCCCUGCGUCGAGGGGCGCCAGCGUGCUGCCCCUCACUCCUCCCAGUUUCCUCCAACAGAGGCUCCGUUGCAGACACUUCACAUGGACGUGUGGGGCCCUGCCCGCGUCCGUGGUCUCGGUCACGAGCGCUACUUCCUGUUGGUGGUUGACGACUACUCGCGUUACACCACAGUCUUCCCCUUGCGCAGCAAGGGUGAUGUCACUGAGGUGCUGAUCGACUGGAUCCGCGCAGCUCGUCUCCAGCUCAGGCAGAGCUUUGGCUCGGACUUUCCUGUGUUGCGUCUGCACUCGGACAGAGGCGGAGAGUUCUCCUCUGGCCUUCUGCGUGCCUUGUGUCGUGCGCGAGGCAUCUGCCAGACCUUCACGCUUCCGGACUCUUCGCAGGAAAAUGGGAUUGCAGAGCGCCGCAUUGGCAUGGUCAUGGACGUCGCUCGUACGUCUAUGAUGCAUGCGGCUGCCCCCCAUUUUCUGUGGCCGUUUGCGGUGAGGUACGCGGCGCAUCAGAUCAACCUCCACCCCAGGGUCUCCAGGCCAGAGACCUCCCCAGCCCUGCUGUGGACGGGGAAGGUUGGCGAUGCGUCGGCGUUCCGGGUCUGGGGAUCUCGGGCGUUUGUCCGCGACUUGUCUGCGGACAAGCUGUCCCCUCGCGCUGCUCCCUGCGUCUUCCUGGGGUUCCCCCCCGACGGCCCUGGGUGGCAGUUCUACCACCCCACCUCUCGACGUGUUCUGUCCUCCCAGGACGUCACGUUCGACGAGUCCGAACCCUACUACCGCCUCUUCCCCUACCGCACUCCUUCCCUUCCCCCGCCCCCGCUCUUCUUGGUACAAGGUCCCCCCCUGGUAGACCCCCUCCCCCCUCAGGGUCCUGCCCCUUCAGGUGUGUCCCAGGUAGACGCGGUCGAGCCUGUCGAGGUCACUGGUGACUCUAGUGCUGCUGCGGGAGCUGAGCCUGCGGGUGCUGAGCCUGGGGGUGCGGAGUCUGGGGGUGCUGAGCCUGGAGGUGCUGAGCCUGGGGGUGCUGAGCCUGGAGGUGCUGAGCCUGGGGGUACUGAGCCUGGGGGUGCUGAGCCAGGGGGUGCUGAGCCUGGGGGUGCUGAGCCUGGGGGUGCUGAGACUGGGGGUGCUCCGCCUGGAGGUGCUUUGCCUGAGGGUGCUGGGCCUGGAGGUUCUUCGCCUGGAGGUUCUCUGCCUGGAGGUGCGUCGUCUCGCCGAGAGCCACUCUCCCCACAGGAGCUGCGUGAGUGGUUUGCCCGGCGCUGGAGGCGUGCUGCUGGUGCUGGAGGUUCUUCGGCUGCAGAGGGUGCUGCUGCCGCGCGUCCCGGAGGUGCUCGUGCUGUGGGUGCUGGAGCUGCUGGGCCUGAGGGUUCUCCUGAAGCUGAUGCUGCUGAGGGUGUUGGCGCUGAGACUACUGCUGGCGGUCCGACUGGCAGUGCUCCUGGUGCUGCUGGGGGUUCUCGAGCUGCUGCUGGUGCUGCUGGAGGUGCUGCUGGAGGUGCUGCUGGAGCGGGUACUCCGGCUGGGGGUACUGGUGCUGUCCUUGGCCGUCCUCCUCCUGUCCCUGGCACGCACCGGAUGUCUCUGCGUCCGUCCACUGCUCCUCUGCGUGCCCCUUUGCCUUCUCCUCCUGAGCCCUCUCUUCCUGCUCUUGUCGACCCGGAGUCGGACUCUCUUCGUGCUGCCAGUCCCACUGUCACGCGUCUCCUUGCUACUGCUGUCACUGACCCUUCCUUCGAGUCUUCUGCUGCGUCUGCCCUUGUCACUGAGCUUGUCGACUUUGCUGCGCGCUGUCGUCUAGACUACACUGCUAGUCUUGUCGCUGAGUCUGAGUCUGCCUGUCCUCCGUCCGUCGGGGGUGAGUGUGCCCUAGGCACGGACGUCCUUGAGGACAGGCAGGAGGAGUUCCAGUGUCUGGCCGCCGCUUCACCUCAUCUCGCGUCUGUACUGCUCGCCCCUGAGGGAGACCCGGAUGCACUAGACAUCCCGACUCCGCGCUCUUACGCGGAGGCGAUAGAGGGUCCCUACUCCUCUCAGUGGCAGGCAGCUAUGGACGUAGAGAUGGCUUCCUGGAAGUCCACAGGCACCUACGUUGACGCUGUUCCCCCUCCUGGGGCGAACAUAGUCAGUGGCAUGUGGAUUUUCAGGGUGAAGCGGCCUCCGGGUUCUCCGCCUGUCUUGAAGGCGCGUUACGUGGCUCGUGGCUUCAGUCAGCGGCAGGGAGUUGACUACUUUCAGACCUUCUCCCCCACCCCGAAGAUGACCACUCUUCGGGUGCUGCUGCACGUUGCUGCUCACCGUGACUACGAGCUGCACUCUCUUGACUUCAGCACUGCUUUCUUGCAGGGCAGCCUGCACGAGGAGAUCUGGCUGCGUCGCCCGCCUGGCUUUACUGGGUCUUUCCCUCCUGGUACCCAGUGGAGUCUACGGCGUCCAGUCUACGGUCUCCGCCAGGCGCCACGUGAGUGGCACGACACACUGAGGACUACGCUGGCGGCACUUGGGUUUGCUCCUUCUACUGCCGACCCGUCGCUGUUUCUGCGCACCGACACCUCUCUGCCGCCGUUCUACAUCCUCGUGUACGUCGACGACUUGGUCUUUGCCACAGCUGACACUGCUGGACUCGCCCACGUGAAGUCCGAGCUGCAGAAGAGACACACGUGCACUGACCUGGGUGAACUACGCAGCUACCUUGGCUUGCAGAUCACCUGGGACAGAGCACGCCGCACCAUUACCCUGACUCAGUCACACAUGGUGCAGCAGGUCCUUCAGCGCUUCGGCUUCAUGUACUCCUCGCCUCAGGCCACUCCUCUGCCUACUCGUCAGUCGCUCUCAGCUCUGCCUUCGGAUGAGUCCGUAGAGUCGAGUGGCCCGUAUGCAGAGCUUGUUGGCUGCCUCAUGUACCUGAUGACCUGCACACGACCUGACCUUGCAUACCCUCUUAGCAUUCUCGCACGCUAUGUUGCUCCUGGGAGACACCGACCAGAGCACAUGGCUGCAGUGAAGAGGGUGUUGCGCUACUUGUGCAGUACGUCGGGCAUGGGGCAAGUGCUUGGAGGGCGCAGUCCAGUGGUCCUCAUUGGGCACGCGGACGCUUCUUGGGCUGACGACCAGGCUACGCAGCGGUCGUCACAGGGUUACACCUUCAGCCUUGGUUCCGGCUCUGUUUCGUGGCGGGCUACCCGCUCGUCUUCUGUUCUCGGCUCCAGUUGUGAGGCUGAGAUCUACGCCGGGGCUAUGGCUGCUCAGGAGCUUCGCUGGCUCACCUACUUGCUGACCGACCUUGGAGAGCCGCCUCGUUCUCCUCCAGUCCUGUACGUAGACAACAAGGCCAUGCUGGCCUUGUGUUGA